CAUGCGAGAGUAUAAAAUGUUCGGUGACACCCGACACCAGUUUUCUCAAAAAAAUAACUUGUCUCCGAAGGCUCUUUUGCUUAUUGAUAACGGCUCAGCGCAUGCACCAAUUGAACAUCUUCAAAGCAAAGAUGGCAACAUAGUUGCAUAUUUCUUGCCGCCAAAUGUGACAGCAGCUGUGCAACCAAUGGAUCAAAAUCCCAUAAAGUUAACAAAACUUGUUUACAGAAGUAAGUUACUUGCUGAAAUAAUAGCUAAAGGUGGUGCACUGAAUAGUCUGUUGAAAUCCCAUUCCAUCCGAAAGGCAAUAAUAUUUCUGAAACAAGCUUGGGUUAAGAUAGCGCAAACAGUGAUGAGGAAUUCUUGGUCAAAGUUGUUAAAUUGGGACUCUGACCAAUACGACAGCGAUGAUGAUGUGCCACUAGCACAGUUGCUUAACAAAAAUGAGGACUGCAAUGAAGCUCUCCAAAUAAAUCAAAAUCUUUUAGCAUAAAUUGAUACAAACAGUUUCAUGUGUAUUGAUGGCAUCGAGAAAUGGAAUGAAGAUGAGUUUGAAGACGGAACUGGUUAUGACCUAAGUAGCAGUGCUGAGUUUUCUGAUAGCAGUGAAGAUGAA